AUGGCCGAUUUACAUGGGCCCGAAUCACAGACGAUUGGUCGGCCGGAAUUCUACAGGAAAGUGUACACCAUUCUGGUUAUUUUCGCUGGGAUUGGACUGCUGCAAGUGGUGAUUGUCAAGGCCUGCGACUAUGACUUUUACAGGGCAUGUCCUGUGCCCAGUUAUGUGUGGCUGCUCAUCGCUUUGGGCUGCCUGAUGACCCUGCUCUGUGUGCCGUUGGCUCACGAUUUUCCGAUCAACUAUCUGCUGGGAAUUAUCGCUGUCGAGGCCCUGACACUGAGUGUAUUCAGUCGAGAUUUUAUGCUCCUCAGGAUGACCUGGUCCAUGGGCAUACUGACAACGGCUAUAAUCCUCAGCAUUUGCCUCUAUUUAAUUGGAAUUUUCAUGCCGCUCAAAGUGCUGCCGGGUCCUCUGACAAUGUUCAUUAUUUCCAUUAUGGCAAUCAUCAUUUUUAUCUCAUUAUUAAUAACACGACUUGUCAUACGUGAUGAGAGUCUGGAGUUCUAUAUUACCGUCCUGAGCCUGCUGUAUGUCACACUGAUUGUCGUCUUCGUCGUCACCAUUGUCCACGACAGACGUCUGGAGCCGCUGCCCCAGGAGAAGAGCAUGCUGCCGGUCAUUGUUUUGGCUGCACUCUUCUUCUAUAUGAUCCACAUGAUCGGCGUCACUGUGCUAUACGCUGUGCACUAUCUCAAAAUCAAAUCUGCAAUAAAUCCCGAAUAUAUAAUACGCUAA